GUCUCUUGGACUGAAAGUCGAACAUCUCAUCUUUUCACUUAAAAACCCUUCCAUCCCAUUUCUCUCUUUUCUAAAUAGAAGAAUCAAAGUCCGACCCGAUUCCGUAUCAGACUCCAUAGCUGCAAAAGCUUCAAAGCCAUGAGCGAGACCGAUAAUGGAUUCGGUGGUUCCUCUGAUAUUCCCAUGGAUAACAAUAACAGCUACGCCUUAAGUGGCAGGAUCAUGCUCAGCACCAUUGUUGUUUUGUUCUUCGUCGUUAUACUCGCCUUCAUCUUCCAUCUCUACGCUCGUUGGUACAUCCUACGUUCCCGCCGCCGUCGUUCCAGCGGUCGCCGUAAUCGACGGCUAACGCAGUUCGUUUUCUACGUUGAUCCAAACUCCAAUGCCGCCGCCAAUCGCGGACUAGAUGCGCGCGUUCUCAAGUCGCUCCCGGUUUUCACUUUCUCCUCCGAGACCCACCCGGAUUCCGCCCUCGAAUGCGCCGUUUGUUUGUCGGAGUUCGAAGAAAAUGAGUCGGGCCGGGUAUUACCCAAAUGUAAUCAUAGUUUCCAUUUAGCUUGUAUAGAUAUGUGGUUUCACUCUCACUCAACGUGUCCUCUUUGUCGGACCCCCGUCGAAGAAUACAAACCCGUAUCUGAUAACCCGGGAGAUUUAGUAUUAACUAUCAAUGAACCGUCAGAAGGAGAAUCCGGAUCCGAUCGGAGCUCAGAUUUGUGUGCCACGUGUCGACACGAGGAAGGACAUGAAGAUUCGUCGGCCGUUGGGUACCGCAGGAAAUUGUCGAUUGAGAUUUCAAGAAAUACUGAAGGUUUCGUGGGUGAGUCGAGUGGGUGUAACUCAGGACCGAGUCCAGCUUAUAGAUCGCCAAUGACUCGAAUGUUGUCGUUUAAGAGGAUACUGAGUAGGGACAGAAGAGGGAGUGGAACAAUCUCCGUUCCCGAGUCGGAUAUCGAGCGAGGCGGGGAUGAGACUCCGCAAACUCAGGGAUAACUAGGGUGAUGACGUGAUGUGUGACUCAGUAGACAAAAAUCAGCGGCGCAGCAGAUUUACUGUACUGCGGUGAAAAGACAUUCGUACGAGGACUAGGAUGACAGAAUCCACGUGGCUUGAGGAUAUUGAAACGAAAACACCUGGCAGAUUUUGGGACGUUGAUGAACAAGAAUAUUUAUUUGUAAUUUUUUGUGUGUAUAAAUUUGUCUCAUUAAUUAAUAUUAUUUUAUAUAUAUUUGUUUUA